AUGUCCCACAUAAACCAUCCAAACACUGACCGUCCACAGAGGAAGAGGAGGGCAUCGGGAAUACCGGAAUUUCUCAAUUUCGACGACGAAGAUCCCUCGCUCUGCACGGUGGGUUCCUUUCAGUCAGUCUAAUGCCUGCCUAGUCGUCUGAAGAUGGCCUUUCAGAAGCUGAGUCCUGGCCAGGGAACCUAUUGCCCCUGACAGAACCGGAUCCCGGAUGUGUACCGGUCGAUAAUGACAGAAGCCCAGCAGACAACGCUGUUCUCCGGGAACUUCGCAAUCUAUCAAAGCAGAUGGCAGCCUUUGAAGGCAAGGCAAUGCUCAUUGAUUCUAACCUGCUGAACAGACAAAGUACUCAGUAGUAUCCGACAGCUCAGCCGACGUGUAGCUCACUUAGAAAGCAAGAAGACAGAAGAAGGUAGGGUGGCUAGUACUAGGCCGCAGAAUCCGGUGGAACAUCCGCUCAAAAACGCGGAAGAAUUCAGACAAUUUGAUGCAACCCUGCUGGCCGUUGACAAUCGACAACAACUGGUAGGCUGCCUUUCUAUUACUUGCUGCGGUUCACAGGCAGACUACCUUUCAACAUUGGGCGGAAAAGAUGUUACCCACUUUGCCAGAAACAUCUUUCGUGCUCUGUUUGACAGGCAGAUCAGCGCCCAGUUAAAUUACUCCGGACAGGGCAAGAAAGUCGGCCUCGAACUGUCGAACGUCUACUCAGUAAUUGAAAGUAGGUUUCCUCUUCCAGUACAAUCAUGUCUGUCUGAGAUGUCUUUGCUGACUGGGAUGCGGAGCGUAAGCAUUCCAAAAGGGAUCUCGUAGAUUCUAUCCGCCGUUGCUUCAAACAGGACUAUGAUGCCUUGCGGCAGCGGACUAGACGAGCAACUCAGACAAUGGAUGACCCAGGUUGGUGAACCGUUUAUCCCAAUGAAACCUCUGCAGCUCAUAUAGGCACUGCUACGACGGAUACUACUCCACGGCCAUAA